UAGAAUCCCCAGCUUUUGCCUGGACACAGCUUCGAUAAUUAUUACUCUCGUUACUCGGUGAAUAAACGAAGAACCAAAGCCAAAACCAGAACUUCUCUUUGCGGCGAAAAUGGCGAACGCGGAAGAGGCAGUGGAUUUCGAGCCAGAGGAAGACGAUCUGAUGGACGAAGACGUUGACGCUUCGUCGCCUAGGGCUUCCAUUCCUAAGCUUAAAUCAGCCAUUACUGGCGGCGGCUCUUCUGCUUCUAAAAAAACCAAAGGUCGUGGUUUCCGUGAAGAAGCUGCUGAGGCUGAACGCAAUGCUCGCCUCUCUGCUCGAUUUGAUUCUCUCGACACCGAUGGUGGCCCUGGACCUGAACGCUCCAUUGAAGGAUGGAUUGUUUUAGUUACUGGAGUUAAUGAAGAGGCACAAGAAGAUGAUCUUCAUAAUGAAUUUGGUGAGUUCGGGGAGAUCAAGAAUUUGCAUUUAAAUCUGGAUCGUCGUACUGGAUUUGUCAAGGGUUAUGCACUUAUUGAAUAUGAAAACUUUGAAGAAGCAGAGAGAGCUAUCAAUGAAGUGGAUGGGAAAGAGCUGCUCACUCAGCCAAUACAUGUUGAUUGGGCAUUCAGCAAAGGUCCUUUUAGGAGGAGAAAUGCUAGGAGGAGGUCGCCACGCAGUCAUCGUUCUAGAAGUCCCAGGAGGAGAUUGUAAUGCAACGUCCCUCUUUUGCAAGGAUUGUGUUGCUUCUUUGUUUAGUAUUAGAAACCAAGCUCUGAUAAUUCCCAGUCUAUGCUGGGUGAUUCCAUGUGUAUCAUUGUUGCUUUGCUGAGUUCUCAUAUCUAUUUUCCUUAAUUUUCUGUUUCCUUAACUCAACUCUAACUGAAUGCUUUUCAAGCUUUUCCAGUGGUGUACACUUCCUGCUGGCGUUGUGAAAACUUAGGUUCUUCAUUUUCCUUUUUGUUUUCCAAAAUAUUUAGAACUAGGGAUGUUCAUCGGUCGGUUUGGUUCAAUUUUGAAAGAUUUUGGUUUGGUA